AUGGGGCGGCGGGGCCCGGCGGCGCUGGGGACCCUCCUGCUCCUGGGGACCCUCCUGGCGGUGUCCCGCGGUGCCCGGGGCUGGGCCGACGCCUUCCCCGAGGACACGGUGGCCGAUGACGUUGGGGACACGCGGGGACGGCGCUUCCACCGACACCUCUCUGACGACGAGGACCUGGUGGCCUCCGGAGAUGGCAGUGGGGACGACAGCAGCGGAGUCCCCUGGCCCCCGGUCGUGACCUCGGCGCCCGGCAGCGGGCUGGCACCCACCGUUUAUUUCCGGGCACUGGUGAACUUCACCCGCAGCAUCGACUUCAGCUCCCGGCUGGAGGACCCGGAUUCUGAGGAAUUCCGGGAGAUUUCGGAGGCUGUGGUGGACACGCUGGAGUCGGAGUAUUACAAGGUGCCCGGGGAGCAGGUGGUCAGUGUGGUCUUCAUCAAGCAGCUGGAUGGGGAUGUGUUCGUGGAGCUGGACGUGGGCUCGGAGGGGAACGGGGACGAGGCCCAGCUGGGGGGGGUCCUGCGGGACCUCCUGGCCGGGGGAUCCAUCGCCUCCUACGUCACCUCCCCCCACGGCUUCCAGUUCCGCCGCCUGGGCACUGUGACCCCCCAGCCCCGGGCCUGCACCUCGCUGGAGUUCCGCUGUGGCAGCGGGGAGUGCGUGGACAGGGAGUAUCGCUGCGACCGCCGGCCCGACUGCCGCGACAGCUCCGACGAGGAGGGAUGCGGCACCCCGUCCCCCUGCGAGCCCAACGAGUUCAAAUGUGCCAACGGGCACUGCGCCCUCAAGCUCUGGCGCUGCGACGGCGAGAACGACUGCGGGGACGGCUCCGACGAGAGCGACUGCCCCACCAAGGCGCCCGGCGCGGCGUGCGGGCCAGCAGAAUUCCGGUGCGUGUCCAGCGGGAGCUGCAUCCGGGCGAGUUACCAGUGCGACAGGGAGCCCGACUGCCCCGACCGCAGCGACGAGGUCGGCUGUGGUGAGUGA